GAACAGCACAGAGCAGCAGCAGAUGAUUGCAGCUGGACAUUCAGAAGAAUAUAUCUGCUCUUGGUGAUAUCUACGGCUGAUUCGUUACUUCACUGAUAUCUUUGAGAGAGUAAAAAAUAUGGUCAAAAUGCUUACAUGCGCCUUGGGGACUAUCAUGAUUUUUGUCACGACGUGGAGCUGUGGACUCUCCUUCUCCAACUUCUCUACGGAUAACGAGGUGCGCUCCAGCUUCAUCCAGCGCCGAUUGAGGAGCCAGGAGCGCAGGGACAUGCAGCGAGAGAUCCUGUCCAUCUUGGGGCUGCCUCGUCGCCCGCGACCCACUCACGUCCAAAGCAGACACACCGCAGCCCCGAUGUUCAUGCUGGACUUGUACAACACUGCCUCGGCAGACGCACCGCACAGCAGAUACUCCAGCUACAACCCCCACCUGGCCUCCGACAUGGUCACCCUGCAGGACAGUCGCUUCCUGGAUGACGCUGAUAUGGUGAUGAGUUUUGUCAACUUGGCUCCUCCCUCCUGCCCGCCAUUGGUCAGCUGCUUGACUUCACAAAGCUUCAAACUUGUUUCCUGUAUUAUCCGAGGGGCGCAGAGUCCGCUGAGGGAAAGAGGCAAGGAUUGCGGUGUGGGAGUCGGCAUCAGUUCAUCUAGGAUGCGGAGAAGGUGGGAGAUGAUCGACAGUCUCUCUGGGCUAGAAGACCAAACUAUCAGCAUCUCUGUUUGAUUAUCGCAUGAGCUCCUCAUCAGGCAACCUUCACAGCCUUCAACGCCUUCCCUUGCAUACCAUACCCAAAUUACUCAUGUGAAUCACCUGUGACCAAUUAUCUGGGCCUUUAUCAGCUGCUGCCAGACCACAACCAGUUGCCAGUUACUCCCUUGCCAAUCCUGCUUCCUGUUCCUCAUACCUUGGCUCCCAACUGGUCCUUGCUUCCUUGUUGUUUCAUAGUUCGUUGUAUCUUGCCUAGCAGUAUUGUUAGUACCUGUGCUGCCUCUUGUUUUUCUGCAGCUCCCUUAUUUAUUGCUUAGUUUUUUCUCCUGCUUGCCAGUGAUUUUUUGUUAGUACUUUUUGGCCUUUGCCCUACGUAACUUUACGUAACGUUAUAUUUUUGUAUUUUUGUUGUAUUCUUUGCACCUUAUUACCUGGGGUAAUAAAAGUGUGUUUUUUCACUCAAGCGCUGUGUCCAUCGGCAUUCUGGGUUCCCACUCUUGGCGUCAGCCAAUUCGUGACAGAAUAACUGGCCAUUAUGGAACCUGCAGAUUUGGAACACCUGCGCUCCGCCCUGAAUCAUCAAGGGCAGCUGGUGGGAAUCCACGACAAGUCUUUGCGUGAAAUGAUGGACGCUAUCACCGCGCUUGCCAUCAGUGUGGGUUCGAUUGACCAACACCUAGAGCAAGCACUUACAGCCGGACUUCUAGUUCCUCCUCCACCCUCCCCUGCUAAUCCUCCGGCAAGUCCCGCAACGUGAAGCCUGACGCCCUAUCCAGGGUCUACGGCCCGGCGGAGGUUGACACGACUCCGGACACCAUUGUGCCUGUGGCCCGGGUACUUGGAGCUCUCCAGUGGGAGGUGGAGAGGAAGGUCUCGGAAGCCAACACUGGGACCACGCCCCCUGACGGGUGCCCGGAGGACAAGUUGUUGUGCCUGAUUCCCUUAGGUCCGAGGUCCUGCAGUGGGGACAUGACUCGAAAGUGGCAUGUCAUCCAGGGGUUGGCCGCACCAAGUUUAUUCUGGGACAGAGAUUCUGGUGGCCAUCCCUGACUUCCGACAUCAAGGCCUUCGUCGCUGCCUGCUCAGUCUGCGCCCGUAGCAAGGCUUCUCACAAACCUCCAGCGGGACUUCUGCAACCACUUCCUGUUCCCUGCCGUCCAUGGUCCCACAUCGCACUCGAUUUCAUCACGGGGUUGCCGGCUUCUCGAGGACAUACGGUGAUACUUAACGUGGUUGACAGAUUUUCCAAAAUGGCACAUUUCAUUGCUCUCUCCAGACUGCCUUCGUCCAUGGAAACGGCUCGGUUGCUGGUCAAGCACGUUUUUCGCCUUCACGGCAUUUCUACCGACCUUGUAUCUGACCGGGGGCCCCAAUUCGUAUCCAAGGUCUGGAGAUCUUUCUGCAGGACACUGGGGGCUUCCAUGAGCCUGUCUUCUGGUUACCACCCUCAGACCAACGGCCAGACUGAGCGGGCCAAUCAGGACCUGGAGGCCGCUCUGAGAUGUGUUUGCCAUCGCCACCCAUCCGCAUGGUCCGCCACCUCCCCUGGGUCGAGUACGCCCAUAACUCACUGAUCUGCUCGGCCACAGGCAUGUCACCUUUCAAGGCCGCGUUUGGAUACCAGCCGCCAUUGUUUCCAGCCCAGGAAAGAGAAGCAGCAGUAUCGUCGGUCCAUCAAUACAUCCGCCCCGGGCCCACCGGAUUUGGCGUGAGACGAGAGCUGCACUCUCACGCACUGCGGCCCGCAACCGCAGAUUAGCGGACCGACAUAGGGCCCCGGCCCCGAACUAUCAACCGGGCCAGGAGGUCUGGUUGUCCUCCAAGGACUUACCAUUGGCUAACACCAACAGAAAGAUGGCACCCAGAUUCGUAGGACUAUACACCAUCCAGACCAUCAUCAGCCCUUCCGCUGUCAAGCUCAAGCUCCCCGCUGCCCUCAAGAUCCAUCCUGUUUUUCAUGUUUCUCGCCUCAAACCAGUAUCCACCAGUCCAUUGUGUCCUCCUGCUGAGUCUCAGCCUCCUCCGCGGAUGAUCGAUGGCCUGCCAGCUUACACGGUGAAGGCCAUUCUAGACUCGAGAAAGAGGGGUAGGGGGGUGCAAUACCUGGUCGACUGGGAGGGAUACGGACAUGAGGAGCGAUUGUGGGUCUCCCGCCCCUGUAUCCUUGACCCAACACUCAUAAGCGACUUCCACUCUCUCCAUCCAGACAAACCAGGUAUGCCGCCAAGGGGCGACUUGUGAGGGGGGGGUACUGUCAUGUUCAGUGUUAUCGCUUUGCUGCCGCCUGUCUGUUUUCUGUUGCAGUGCAUACCAUACCAAAAUUACUCAUGUGAAUCACCUGUGACCAAUUAUCUGGGCCUUUAUCAGCUGCUGCCAUACCACAACCAGUUGCCAGUUAUUCCCUUGCCAAUCCUGCUUCCCGUUCCUCAUACCUUGGCCUUCCAACUGGUCCUUGCUUCCUUGUUGUUUCAUAGUUUGUUGUAGCUUGCCUAGCAGUAUUGUUAGUACCUGUUCUGCAUCUUGUUUUUCUGCAGCUCCCUUAUUUAUUGCUUAGUUUUUUUCUCCUGCUUGCCAGUGAUUUUUUGUUAGUACUUUUUGGCCUUUGCUCUGCGUAACUUAGUUAUAUUUUUGUAUUUUUGUUGUAUUCUUUGCGCCUUAUUACCUGUGGUAAUAAAAGUGUGUUUUUUUCACUCAAGCGCUGUGUCCAUCUGCAUUCUGGGUUCCCACUCUUGGCGUCAGCCAAUUCAUGACAGGAUCUCUGCACAUUCAUGAUUGGUUUGGUAUUAGUUUAUUUGAACAUGAAGGUUCCAAUGGAAUACAUCUCAUAAAGCAUCCUUUCACAGUUCGACAUGUCCAAAAGGUGUAGGAAGAAGCAAAGCUUAUUUAAUCCCACCCCCCGUCUAUUCCACAUCUAUUAGAACACUUGUUAUUUCUUUUCCUGCGUUCCAUGUCAUGUUUUCUAUGAUAAUCAGGAUACUAAUACAUUAAAGAUGACAGUAAGACCAAGAAAAAAAAGUAUAUAUAAAUUAA